UAACACAGAAGAAGAAGAAGAAGAAGAAGAAGGGCGCUUUGCAUUUAACUUGUAGAGCCAUCAUGUCGGAGCCUAGUGUCCGUGUUUCGGGGACAGUUUUAGCGUCUCUUAUUUUCCAACAUGUUAACAGCGACUCAGAUGUGGAGGGUCUGGUGCUGGGUGAAAGCAGCUUCCAUGAACAGGUCACCAUCAGUGACUCUCAGUCUGAUCACAUUCACAUUGAGGAAAUAUACAGUGAGUAUCCAUCACUGCAAUGAGCAAACAAGGCUGCUCAAUAUUAUGAAAACAGACAUCCAGAAGCAUGUCGCCUGCCACAAACUGAACACUCUGUACAGCAGCUCUGGGGAGGUGAACCUAGAUGUGCUGCAGGAGAUACUUGCAGAUAACAAGCAGGACAGUGUGAUCGGCUGGUACCGGCAGCGCAGGCACUCUGAGCAACACAUGACAUUCAGGGAGAAACUGUUCCAUGAGAAGGUGAAGACUGCUCUAAAGAACCCUCACAUGAUCUUCCUGCUGCUGACGUCCAGCAGAGUGACUCCGACGGACUCCACUCACCGGAUGGAGUACUCUGCCUUCACCUCUUGCAGCAGACGCUUCAUGAACAUCCCUGUGUUGGUGACUAACCUGGGUCUACUCGAACAGCAGGGUUAUUGGAAGGUGUCUGCUCCAUGUUCUGCUUCAGGCUACAGCCUCACCAUGAAGAAACACGGGUCCAGGUUCUUCUCCUCUAGUGGGCUGAUGAAGGAGGUGGAUGAAAUCAAUAAGAUGAAUGACUCUCUGCAGGCAGAGCUGCAGAAAGCGUGUAGUGACGUGGUGGAGAGCGAGCGUGUGGUCGAAGCUCUGCAGGUGGAGGUUUCAGCCCUAAGAAGGAGCCUCAGACAGAAGCAGCAGAGCUCAGGAGGAAAAGCUGGUGAAACCGCUUUUCCAGAUCAGCCGAGGAACAACCAGCUGCUGCUGGAGGCCGUUAGAGCUCUUCUCGGCUCCUCUCCUGUCUUUCUCACACAGACUCUGAACCUGCAGGCCUUCCCUGUUCCUGACAAAGACAGUUUUACAUCAAACUCAGACACGGAGCAGGAACAGAUUCCAAUGCUGCAGGAGAGCUGUGGGAGAAGACCGAGAGAGACGCUGCAGGGGAGGGGAAGGAAACGUCGGAGGAACAACUGCUGAUUCACCAUCCUGCAUCAGACACUCCCAGUUUCUUCUGUGCCAAGUUCCAUUGAUGGAUUUUCUGUUUAAAUAAGUACUAGGUUUAAUAAAUUGCAUAAAUAAAAUAUGUACAUAAGUUUUUCUUUUAAAAAUAUUUUUAUGAAUUUUUUCUUUCAAGAAAGCUUUUAUCUUCUGAUCUGACUCAGAUAAAUAAAUAUUAUUCCACAA